GCGUCGUUAUUGUCACUUCUUUUUUUCGAUCAAGUUCUCUGUCUCACUUCAAAACCCUAGCAAUCUCUCCCUCAUUUCGCUACUGAAUCAAAUAACCAACAAGAGAUAUUUCUCUGAAUCUCUUUCCAUCGGGUUAGCUUUGUUUGAGGAUUUGAUCGAGUAGCUUGAAGUCACUAAAGAGAAUACGAGAUGGAUCAGCAAGGGCAUGGGCAGGGUCCAGGUAUGGGGGCUGUUGGUUACAGUAUGGCAAUGGCACCAUAUCCGCCAAAUCAAAUGAUGUCUGCAUCAGUUCAGCCUUCUUCACAAACAUCUGGUCCCGGUCUUCCUUCCCCUCCAGCACAACUUGCACAACAGCAACUAGCUUAUCAGCAUAUCCACCAGCAACAGCAACAGCAAUUGCAUCAACAACUCCAGAAUUUCUGGGCAAACCAGUAUCAAGAAAUUGAGCAGACGACUGAUUUCAAGAACCAUAGUCUUCCGUUGGCAAGGAUCAAGAAGAUAAUGAAAGCAGAUGAGGAUGUGAGAAUGAUAUCGGCUGAAGCACCAGUGAUAUUUGCGCGCGCAUGUGAAAUGUUCAUCCUGGAGUUAACUCUGAGGUCUUGGAAUCACACUGAAGAGAACAAGAGGAGGACACUUCAGAAAAAUGACAUUGCUGCUGCAAUCACAAGGACAGAUAUAUUUGACUUUCUAGUGGACAUAGUACCAAGAGAGGAUUUAAAAGAUGAAGUAAUUGCUUCAAGAGGUGGUGGACCCCUUCCUCCAACUGAGGGUCUUCCUUAUUACUAUAUGCCGCCGCCUCCUCCACAAGUUGGUGCUUCAGGGAUGUAUAUGGGUAAGCCUGUGGAUCCUCAAGCCCUUUAUGGGCAGCAGCCUCGUCCUUACACCAUGUGGCCACAACACCAACAACAACAACAACAAGAACCGCAGGAAGAUGCUUAACCAACCAGGCGAAUGGCAAUGGCGAUGGCGAUGGCGAUGGGAUGGGAUGUAGCAGACGAAGACGGACUCUUGGGCAUUUGUAUUAAUUUUUCAUAUGGUUAUUAAGAAUUGCUUACUUAACUAUGUCUCUGUCCUUUGUUUGCUGUUCUAUGACAUGUGUGUGUGUGUGUGUGUGUUAUAUCUGGUUUUUUGGGAAGUGAAACCCAUGCUGCUUGCUCUUUUCAUGCAACUUGUUUAUGCAUCCUUUCCUUUUGUGGACUUCAUUUUGUUUUCAUAACAUGGAUUUGAAAA